CUUGUCUUAUUUCCCCCAGCCUACUAUAUACUUAAUAUUUGUUAGAACAUGGUUGCCAUGUUGUAUUGGUUUCUGUGGAUUUAUCUUGCUACAUUAACAAGUGCUUAUCCUGGUGGAGCACCGGAUGGAUCAUGCGGACACAUGACACCUGCACACGGUUCUCCUGCAAGCAACUUAGACCAGAGUCCCUUUUAUUUGAACGUUUCUGCGACUUCAUAUUUGCCGGGCGAGAAAAUAAUCGUCACUGUCCUCAGUAGCGGAGCAAACUUUAAAGGGAUGUUUCUGCAAGCGAGGGGUGAAGACAGUCCUAACAAUGCGAUUGGUUGGUGGGAAAAACCGAACGGGACCAGUUUUAAGCAAAUGGAAUGCGCAGGCAACAAAAACUCGGCCCUCACACACAGCGAUGGGAUGUCCAAAGCGGCACCGAGUCGAUUUGUAUGGAUCGCGCCCUGCAACUCAACAACUGACUACAGAUUUUAUGCUACCAUCGUGCAAGAAUACGCUACAUUCUACGUUAAAAUCCCAAGCGAUACAGUCGUUCGUGGCAAUGGUGAAAAAGUUUGCAAACCACCGGGUUCGGGUGGAACUGGCGUUUCUCUACCGCCGCUAUCGAUGACAUUAUUUGUUGCAAUCGUACACGCAGUGGCGCUGCUAAGAUAGAUCUAUACAUUAUGGGCGUUACCCAUAUACUGUGUUUACUCGUUUAAAACACAGCAGUAAUUUAUAUCGUCCCGCAGAAUCCAAAUAAUCAACGGAGACAAACAACUUCGUAUUAAAUAUUUGAUCAAUUGAUCCAAAGCAAACAAUUUCGGGAACGUUUAUCAAAUUUUGUACCCAAACGUUUAUUGUAAAUUAAGGCCUCCUUUGGAAAAUACUGUAACGAACAAUACAUUUAAAAAAAAACGAACAAUACAUUAAAAAAAAAAAACGAUUUUUUUAGACGACUUUUAUGUUAGACAUUAGAAUUGAUUUAUAGUAAGUAUUUCCGUGUUCGUUUUUUAAAAUCAACUGAUAUAUCGACCGCUAACAUGUUUACACACUAAUGCUAGCAUCAUUGACUUUUAUAAUAUAAGAAACAUAAGUGAUUUAUCUAUAGCGGUAUACGGAUUAAAAUACUUUAUAUUCAUAAUUCACAAUUUCGUGAUUUUUUCGAACCUAACUAUUGUUGUGCACCUUUUUUGAAUUUAACAUUUUUGAAUUAAAAACGUAGUUGCGAUAUACCAAGUUAUUUGUUUUUAAAAAGUUAUUUUUUCUUAAGCCAUCAAUUAAAGCGUAAAAUGUUUUCGACGAAAAAGAAGUUUACCUUAGAAUUUUAUGGAAAAUAUAGAACCAAAAUUUAAACGAAUGUUAUUUUACUUCCCUAUAAAUUAUAAGAGCUAGAACCACCUUUUAGAAAAUUCUACCUGAUGGGGCACGCUUUAAUUGAUAUUAUCGUUAUUUUCAUUUUGUCAUUUCCUAAAAUAAAUACAAACCGAUUAA